AUGAAAAUAUUUAAAAAAGUAUUUUUAUUUAUUUUAAUGAUAACGAUAUCAUUCCUAAAUAUAGUUAAAUCUACAGAAAUUGAUGAAAAUAAUAAUAAUAAUAAUAAUAAUAAUUCGACAUCAUCAUCAGAAAAAAUAAUAAAAGGAAAAGAAGAUGAGGAAGAAUUAAAAAAUGCAUUUUCAAGUUCAGUAAUACCACCAACUGAUCAUAAUAGUGAAUUAAGAAGGAAAAAAGUUAUAGCAUCAACAAUUACUUUAUUUGCAUUUAUUAUUUUAGUACUUAUAGUUAGUAUUGUGGUUCGUCAUGUUUUAAAAAAAAAGAAAAGAACAAAAAAUAAUUUUAUAUUUUUAGAUGAUCAAAGUUUAAAUGAUUGUAACAUAGAAUUAAAUGUAUCAUCUGAAUACUUUUGUGAUGAAAAUAAAUUAUUAACCACCCACGAAUAA